AUGGUGUCGGAGGACGCGCCGCUCGUCACGACGGCGGCGAACACGCCGCUCGUGUCCUUCGUCUUCACGUCCAUGGAGCAGCUGUCGGCGCCCGCUUCGAGCGCGGCCGCCGCCGCGCCCGCGCCCGCGCCCGCGCCCCCGGCGCCGGCGGCCCCGGCGCCGGACGCGUCGCUCUCGGCGCCGGACGCGGCGCUCCCGGCGCGCGACGCGGCGCUCCCGGCGCGCGACGCCACGCCGGCGGUGGCGGCCACGGCUUCCGCGCCGUCCGCCGCGGUCGCCGACGACGACAGCGACGACGAGGACCUCCUGGGCGGGCCGCGGCGGCCGCGGCGGCCGCGCCGCGCCGCGCCGCGCCGCGACGAGCUCCUCGACGAGCUCAUGGCCGCGGACGCCGGCUCCACGCCGCCGCCGCCGUGCACGCUCGCCGCGGUCCACGCAGAGCCGACGGUCGACCUGCGAGGGCCGGAGUUCCUGGCUCGGGCGCGCCGCGAAGCCGACGCCGCCCGCCCCGUGCUCGUGGAGGACGAGGACGGCGCCGUGGCCGAGCUCGAGGGCGCCACCGAGGGCGUCGAAGACCACUUCGCGCGCGCCGAGCGCGCGGUGCUCGCGCUGCUCCACGACGACCCCGCGUUCCGCGACGCCGGCCCCGCGGACCGCGACAAGGCCGACCUCGUCGUGGGCCUCCUCUUCCAGCCGUCCAUCGAGAGCGAGUUGGACGUGCGCAGGCGCGCCGCCGACUUCCAGGACCUCCACCACGACCUGCGCGCCGCCAUCCGGCUCGCGGUCCGGGAGGCCUCCGCGCGGACGACCGCGGACGACGAGCGCGACGUCCUCGGGGAUGGCGCGCAGACGCUCGAGCACCUAGCGGUCAUGACCUAG